ACACCGAACCAGAAAGCCAUAAAACCAAACUCAAUCCACGACUCCAUUUUCCUCUCUCUCUCUCUAUGCCAAAAUUCGGAGAGGAUUCUCCGAAUUGACGGUUCGGUGAAGUUCUUCCUCGAAUUCUUCUUCAAUGGAGCGCGAUAAUUCCGGCAAGAUUGACAGGAUUCUCGAAGGCUUUUCUCCGGCGUCGGCUCCUCGAAUUCACUGGAAAUCUCGCCGGAGAUCAGCUAGCGGGAGGAAUUUAGACAAGGUAACUGAAGAUCAUGAUUCUGCUAAUAAAAUUUGGGACAAACAGGAAGAACCUCAUGACAAGGACAAAACUCAGGACCUCGAGGCCGAGGUCGUCCCCCCUGAGCUCUCCGAGCGUCGGAGGGCCCUGUUUGAACCCUUGGAACCUGUGAAAAACAUCAAUGGCAGAAGGCCAUCAGCUGAAUCCUUACUCCCUCCGCCUGACUUCGAUGCCACCGCUUAUCCUCGAGGGUGGCUCAUCGGGAAGAAGCGAAAACUUGUCAAUGUCGACGUCGUCGAGAGCAUGCGGAGGAUUGCUGUUCAGGAAAUGAACAGAAAGGACCGGGAAAUCGACGGUUUGAACGAGCAGCUCGACGAGGACGCUCGCUGCUUAGAACAUCUUCAACUUCAGCUUGUGCAAGAAAAGAGCAAGAGGUCAGAGGUUGAAAGAGAAAAUGCAAUGCUGCAUGAUCAAAUAAACAUGCUAAUGAACAUGCUAGAAAAUGAAGGAGCAGAUGGCUCAGAUGAACCUUAAUAAUCAUAUAAUCAUAUACUUCAUAAUAAUUCUUUUUGUAGAUUAUUUGGUGUGGGAGGUAGAUAAAAUUUCAAUUAUAUUAUAUAUAUCUAUGAAAAUAAAAGCAUCCCAGUAGUGUAUUGUCAUUAUAGUGGGAUGGUAAUGUUUUUUCUUUUUCAAAGGUUUAGUGGGGUAUUAGAUUUGAAUUUAGAAAAUGUAAACUUUAAAUCAACUGAAUUUUAGCAGUUGAAUUAUCUAGUGGGUUGCAGUUGUUUUAUACUGUUGA